AUGGUCACCGUGGAGGUUUUUGCUGCUGCGGAGGAAGCCAGGCGUGCCGCCGCAGCAAAAAUCGGCAUAGAUUCAGGGCCAAACGAUAUUGUUCACAGCGAUGUUGACGAACAAUUGCUUUUUUCUGUUCCUUUUACUGCCAAUGUUAAACUUACGGGAAUUACAUUUUCUGGGCCGUUGAGUGGUUCGUUUCCAGCAACUGUUCGGCUUUUUAAAGAUCGAGGAAAUAUGUCUUUUGAUGACUGUGAAAAUGCAAAAGAAGAUCAACAAAUUGAUUUAAAACAAGAUUCUGAUGCUUCUAUUGAUUAUCCUUUGAUGUCCAGUAAAUUUAAUUUUUUAAAUUUUUUUUUGCUUAAAAUAAAUGUUGCAUUUGUUUAA